AUGGAGGAGGAGACGCCGUCUCCUAAUCCAAAUGAUCUGCAUGCACACCAUAAUCAACACCUAACUGAGCAAAGGGAGGUUCUUAUGGAAGAUUUGACGGAUCAAAUGGAGGAAACCACGAAGAAUCAAAGGAAUUCAGACAAAAAAUUACCACACGAAGGAUCAACAAAAAUAGCAAGACCAAUCAUCUCUUUUCGAGAGGCUGUUAGCAAAUCCACGCAAUGGUUCGAGGAGGCUAAAGGAAUUAUAACGGCAUCUAAGGAUUUGAAUGAAGAACAAGAAGACAUGACACCAGAAGGUAAUUUAGUAGUUCAUUUUGAUAAAAAUACCUUAGCUAGAUUAAGAAAUCCUUGGAAACACACCUUAAUGGGUAAAUGUCUAGGGCUAAAUAUUAAAUCGUCUUAUAUGGAAACAAGGGUAAGAGCUAUGUGGAGAAUUAAAGGAACUUUAGAAAUUAUUGAUGUAGGGAAAGGAGUUUUUUAUUUUCGUUUUUCGACUGAGGAAGACUAUGAAAAAACCUUAUUUGGAGGUCCAUGGUUCAUUUUAGAUCACUAUCUUAUGCUAACUACUUGGAAACCAAAUUUUAGACCAUCUUUACAUAAUUUUGACAAAAUUAUGGUUUGGGCUAGAUUCUCGGAGUUACCUGUGGAGUAUUAUGAUAAGGAAGCGUUGUUUUGUAUUGCGGGAUUAGCGGGCAAACCCAUUCGAGUAGAUUAUGCCACAGACAAAUUAACUAGGGCCCGCUAUGCUCGGGUUUUCAUUGAGGUCGAUUUGGAUAAACCACUAAUUACAAAAGUUUGGGUCGGUGGGGAUUGGCAGACAAUAGCUUAUGAGAAUCUCGAUACCUUAUGUUUUGAAUGUGGAAGAAUUGGGCAUGUAAAACAGAAUUGUUUAAACAAAAAACAUUUGGAUCAAAGUAGUCCUUAUAUUAAGGAUCUCUCCUCUAAUGAUUGUGACUUACCCUCUUCUUCUUCCGCCCAAUCAACAAAGCAGCUCCAUUUGUCUACUAAUAAUUUUAUGGUUUUGAAUAAUGAAGAAAAUCUAUUCUCUAUCUCAACAAGCAAAAAUAUUAAUGAUAACAGAGAGUUCCAACACGUGGCUCCAAGCUCGAAGCCGUUGGGCGACGACACAUUGGCUGUUGGUGCUUUAAACCCUUGCUCUACCCCCACAAACAACACUUCAAAUAGUCCAAAGAAUGCAGCAGUUCCUAUCACCCACUCCCCUUCUUCUACACUCUCUCUCUCUUCACCAAAAAAAACAAACACCUUUUAG